AUGAUGAAGAGUAGGAAGACGAAGAGUAAGAGGGUGUGCGUGGACGUGCGGUAUAUGUACGGCGAGGCUGAGGCGGAGGAGGCUGAGAUGAAGAGGAGGUAUGGGUGUACUCGUAGUGUCAGUCACCCCGUGAAUCGCGAAACUCUGCUUGCGGGCGUGGGGCACGUUGUUCAGUGCGGUACUAGGAACGCUCACCACGAGGCACACGCUCUUCAGUGCGGUACUGAGACGACGAUCGGCUGUUACGACUAG